AUGGUGUCUGGAAACGGUGAAAUUCAAUCAAAAGAACUCCAGCCGUCCAAGAGGUCUUUCAGAGCGGCGUCAGCUUUAGAGUCUGCGAAGUGGAUCAAAAACUGUCGUCUCUCGGAGAGAGAAUUGAGAAACAUUCAUAAACGUGUUCCAGAUGCUCUUCAAAUGAAACAAAAAAUCUUCAAGAGGUUGAGAGGCCCUGCGUUGGCGCUUUUCCGCAGAGUUGCUCUACCUGAUGAAGCCCUGAACUUCCCAGCGAUCUGGCUGCGGUCAGCAAAAGACUCAUAG